ACAUUAGAAAAUAGUUCCAGUUAAAUCCUAACAACAUUAUGUCUUAGAAGUAAAAAAUGCCCAUUUAGUUUACUAAUACGAGUAUAUUUAUAACAGUGUGCUUUCAUUUCAAAAACCAAUACGUUCUUUCUUCUUCGUCGGUUAUUCUGUAAUGGUAUUACUGGAAUCCGUUCCAAAUGACUUUGAAACACGAAAACUGUUAUCUCUACCUCAAGAAGAAAUUGUGCAACAAAAGAAGUUUGCUGACCGAGAUAUGAAGAAAUCAAGAAAAAUUGUAAUUUUACUCAGUUUGUGCGUAGUGGUAAUGAUAACUCAGAUUUAUAUGAUAACACACAAUGUUAAAAUUGAAACAGUAAAUUACUACACCAAAGAGGAAACUGAUUUACCAGAAUUAUAUGUAAUUACACCGACGUUUAAGAAACCUGAGCAAAUACCAGAACUAGUGCGUUUAUCACAAACUUUGUUGCUGAUUCCCAAAUUGACGUGGUUAGUGGUAGAAGACGGGUAUGAAAAGAAUGAUCGUGUUGAAGCUGUUUUAAAAAGAAAAAUAGGAUUAAACUAUAGAUAUUUACUGGCACCCAUGCCCGAAAAAUAUCGAAACAGUUCCUACGCAAAGCCCAAAGGAGUUUCGAAUAGGAAUAAAGGUUUGGGAUGGAUAAGAAAAUAUGCUAAAAAUGGAGUGCUAUAUUUUGCCGACGACGAUAAUACAUACGAUGUAAAGCUAUUCCACGAAAUUAGAAAAACCAAAACAGUGUCCUUAUUUCCUGUCGGUUUGGUCACAGAAUUAGGAUUAAGUAGUCCUAUUGUAGAAAACUGCCAAUUUAUAGAUUUCUAUGAUGGAUGGAUCGGUGGUAGGAAGUUUCCGGUGGAUAUGGCAGGUUUCGCUGUUUCGGUCGAGUUUCUUUUGUCGCGUCCUAAUGCUAGCAUGCCCUAUACGGCGGGAUAUGAAGAAGAUGGAUUCUUGAGGAGCCUUGCACCGUUUGAAGCCAAGGAGGCUCAGAUUCUAGCUUCAUGUUGUUCGGAGAUAUUAGUUUGGCAUACGAGAACUGUGCAUACAUCACCAGCCAAACGAAAUAAUUUGACAACUGUAUAUAAAAAUAGUAAUCUUCCAAUAUUGCAAGAACUUAUAGUGUAAAUUAAAGUGUAAAACUGGGGUUAGUUGAAACGAAUAAAACUGUAAGUGAACAAAUAUUUAUAAUGAUGUAAUUUUGAUAAAUAAAAGAAAGAAAUCUUUCCUUCAGUUUACGAAUAA